CCCUGGUGGCACCGUGAGCUGAGUGGGAUGCCUGCUUCCUGGGGGCCUGUGCCCGGACAGGGCCCCCCGAGGGGGCUGCUGGGCGUCCUCGACACCGCCCCACUCCUUGGGCGGGCCCCCAGUCCGACGGGCCGCCAGUGCCCGGAGGUGUGCGUCCCUGACGGGCUCUUCCUAGGCCUGGGGCUGGUGAGCCUGGUGGAGAACAUGCUGGUGGUGGCCGCCGUCGCCAGGAGCCGCAGCCUGCACUCGCCCGCCUACUUGUUCGUCGGCUGCCUGGCUGUGGCCGACCUGCUGGUGGGCGCGAGCGGCCCACUGAGGACGGCCAUCGCGCUGCUGCUGGAGGCAGGCACCCUUGCCGCUGCGGCCGCUGCGGCGCAGCCACUGGCCGACGUCCUCGAUGUGCUCGCCUGUGGCUCCGUGGUGUCCAGCCUCUGCUUCCUGGCCGUGGACCGCUACCUCUCCAUCUUCUACGCGCUGCGGUACCAGGGCAUUGUGAGGCUGCCCAGGGCAUGGCCGGCCAUCGCGGCUGUCGGCGCCGGUGUCACCUCCAGCACCCUCUUCGUCACCCACUCCGCCCACACAGCUGUCCUGCUGGGUCUCGUCAGCUUCUGGGCGGUUAUGCUGACGCUCCCGGCGGUGCUGCCUGUCCGCAUGCUCGCCCAGGCGUGCCGGCAGGCCCGCGGCCUCUCCCAGCUGCCCAGGAGGCAGCACCCGGCCCCCCAGGGCUUCGGCCUGAAGGGCGCGGCCACGCCUGCUGCCCUGCUGGGCAGCUUCCUCUGCCGGGGCCCCUUCUUCGUGCGCCUCCUGCUCAUUGUCCUGUGUCCUCAACACCCCACUUGCCACUGCGUCUUCCAGAACUUGCGCCUCUUCCUGGCCCUUGCCGUCUGCCAUGCCAUCUCAGACCCCCUCGUCUACGCCUUCCGAAGUCAGGAGCUCGGGAAGACGCUCCGAGAGCUGCUGCUCUGCUCCCGGGGAGGCAGGGUGCUGGGCCGAGGGAGGUGCAGCUACUGCAAGGGCCGACUCCCUUGUGACCAGGGCAGUCAUUUGCCAAUGAGGACAGGCUAGACGGUCUCUGGAGGUGUGGGCUCACGGACCCAUUGGAGCCAGAGAGGGAGCAGCAUGAACGUUCAGGA